AUGAAGCUCAGCACAUUCAUAGUAGCACGACCAAUUUUUGUCUUCAUUUCCUUGGCAUUGCUGAUAUUGCUCCUUUCAAGUUUAGUGAUCUCAUGUUGGUACAAAAUAACCAGACGAAUUGAAGAUAAUGUAGAUUUGAACACCCAAAACUUAUAUUCUGGAUUGCUAUAUGAAAUUGAGAGCAUAGCAAAUUUGGUGCACCCACUGAAUUCAUCUGCUACGAAGUUAGCAAGACUUUUGAGUAGGUCCGUCAACCAAAGUGAAAUCUCCUUCAAUGAGAUUGAGACUAAGGUGGCUCCUAUAUUAUUUCAAGCAUUGUCAACAAUUCCUUACAUAUCACAAAUUUCAUAUGUUGGAUUAGACGGCCUCUUGUUUUCCUACUAUAUUGAUGGCAAUCAAACUCUGUCAAUCUACGCCAACUCUUCAUUGUCCUCCAAUUCGAGUUCUGUGAAAGAACGAAAGAAGAAUGUUUGGUACAAACAACCGGUGGAUGAUAACUCAGGAAAGCUCUAUGGAGAAGCUGUUAGAUCCCAUUCUUUAGAUGUUGUCAACACGAGCUGGUUUCAAACAACAUUGAAUGAUUCGAAGGGAUAUUCUUCUGUCGAAAAAGGAUGGAAUAGUGCAGGCGAUCCUUUGUUUCUUAACAGUGCUAGCAUACAUGGAAGAGGUGUUGUCUCCUUAGCAUUUCCAGUUAAAAGAUUAACUGAUAUCUAUGCUGGUAUAGAUCUUUAUGGUGGAAGCUUAAGCUUGGCUACAAAGGAUGGGAAAAUGCUGGUAGAUGGAAUCCCGAACACCAAACUGAUUUCUGUUAAUAACUCCAUUGCCUUGCAGUUUACGAAGCUGGAUGGUGAAGUAGUUUACGCUCAAAAUUUUACAUGCACGCCUAGAAAUGACACAUCAGCAACCUAUAUAAUGGACAUUGGUGAAAAAAAGUACUGUGUUCAUUGUUCGCCUGUUGAAAUUUCAGGAGUGCAAUCGGUAUAUGCAUUGGCUUUGCCUCAUGAAGGAUUAGUAAGCCUUGUUCACAUGAACAGCAAGCUUUCUCUCAUUCUUCUUGUAGUAAUGAUUGUCAUGGUGAUGAUCUCCAUUUUUAGUUUUGUGCUCUUAAUGGUCAGAACGGCGGAAAGGAAGAUGUGCUUGCAUGCCAAGCUCAUAAAACAAAUGGAAGCAACUCAACAAGCUGAGAGAAAAAGUAUGAACAAGAGUCUUGCCUUGGCUGGUGCAAGCCAUGAUAUUCGUGCAUCAUUGGCGGGCAUUACUGGUUUAAUAGAUUUAUGCCUCACAGAUGCAGCUCCUCGUUCUGAUUUCGAGGCAUAUUUAAAACAAAUGCGUAACUGUGCACAGGAUCUAUUAGGCUUACUAAAUUCUAUACUUGAUACAAGCAAAAUUGAAGCUGGCAUGAUGAAUUUGGAAGAAGAGGAAUUCAAUUUGGCCGAACUACUUGAACACUUAGUUGAUUUGUAUCAUCCUGUGGGUAUGAAAAAAGGUAUAGAUGUGGUUUUGGACCCUUGUGAUGGAUCUGUUAUCAAGUUUUCCCAAGUGAAAGGUGAUAGAGGGAAACUCAUGCAAAUAUUAAGUAAUUUACUGAGCAAUGCUGUUAAAUUUACUCCUGAAGGACAUGUAUCUCUUAGAGCUUGGGUCCAAAAGCCUGAUAUUGAAAGUGCAAUACUUGCUUCUGGCCGGAAUGGCCUGCACAAGUAUUUAUCCUGCUUGUUUCACAAUAUCAAUGAAGCGCGCAGUGACAUGGAAGUGAUAACUGCAGUUAGACAGAAUCCUAAUUCCAUGGAGUUUGUGUUCGAGGUGGAUGAUACAGGUAAAGGGAUUCCCAAAGAGAAGCAACAAUCUGUUUUUGAAAACUUUGUUCAGGUCAAAGAAACAGCCACUGGACAAGUAGGCACUGGCUUAGGUCUUGGUAUUGUUCAAUCUCUGGUACGUCUAUUGGGUGGAGAGAUUGGAAUUGUUGAUAAAGAGAUUGGUGAAAAGGGGUCUUGCUUCAGAUUCAAUGUUUUCUUCACUACAAUGGAGACUUCCUCCAGCGGAACGGAAGGGGAAAAGGAGUCUCAAGGUGAUCCCAUGUUGGGUGGCACGCAACAACAUUCAGGGUUGACCAUCCACACUCCUAGUCCUAGCUCGACCGUUCGAACUUCGAGUCCCAGACUUCCCAUUCGUAGUCCAAGUACCAAGUUGGAGGGAUCUCAAGUUGUUCUCUUGAUACAGUCUGAUGAGCGACGAAGAAUUUCACAAAAAUUUAUGGAGAGUCUUGGAAUAAGUGUAUUGGUUGUAGAUCGAUGGGAGAGUCUUCCUUCUGCACUCAAGAAGAUAAAAUCCAAGCUAAUAUCCUCUCACCAUUCUUCAAGGAGAUUAGAUUUGAGUUCCAGAAGUGACAUUUCUAGUACAAGUUCCAAGGAUAUGCCUCUAAGUGCCAUGGACGGGACAGAGCAUAAGUUACCUUUGAACAAACGGAGAGGUGCACCAAGCUUCAUACUACUUGUGAUUGAUGCCAACGCAGGACCAUUUUCAGAACUCUGGAGGGUUGUGUCUGAAUUUCGAAGAGGCCUUCACGGUAUAUGUUUUAAGGUUGUUUGGUUAGACAAACCAACUUCACGUAGCAUCAAUUCUAUAAGCCUCGAAAAGGAGAGGCUUGAUCCUGAUGAUGAAAUUUUGUUGCAACCUUUUCAUGGUUCUCGUUUGUAUCAAGUGAUUAAACUUCUUCCAGAAUUUGGAGGUACCUUGUCACAGGGAAUUUCAGCUAAUCUAGAAAGUUCAUCAGCGACAAAGAAUUCUUACAUCACAGCAAGGUCAAGAAAUCCUCUACAUAAUGAAGAGAUACAGGAAGCUGCUAGCUCAAGCGAUGAACGAUAUAGACAGAAAGGCUUCUCAUCUGCUCCAGCUCACACUCAUGUUAGGUUGAACUCAAAAAUAUCCCCAAUUCAUCAACUUGGACAGACUGAAAUGAAAACAGAUGGUGCUGAGUCAAGUACCAAGCAGCCCUUGAGUGGGAAAAGAAUCUUGAUUGCAGAAGAUAGCACACUGUUAGGCAAACUUGCUACAGUUAUUGUUAGACGGCUUGGUGCUAAUGCUGAGCACUGUGAAAAUGGAGAGGAAGCUUUAAAACUAGUUUGCAAUGGUCUUAAAGAUCAGAGAAAUGAUGGAGGUCAUUAUGUUCUUCCUUAUGACUAUAUAUUAAUGGAUUGUGAGAUGCCGAUUAUGAAUGGAUAUGAAGCAACAAGACGGAUUAGAAAUGAGGAGAGACGUUAUGGUGUUCACAUCCCAAUCAUCGCACUAACUGCUCAUACAUCAGGUGUGGAGGCAAGCAACACACUUCAAGCUGGAAUGGAUGCUCAUUUGGGCAAACCUUUGAAUGCAGAAGAACUGAUGGAAGCCAUUGAAAACAUCCACCACAAAAGGAUGUAG